AUGGUGAAAUCUGCAUCAGUCGAACAAGUUCAGGCUACCGGCGAUUCCAAAGAUGAGGAUGUCACUAUUUCACCGGCCCCUACCACCCGUCGAACCAGAAGGUCUUCACCUGCCUCUAUUACGCGAGAUCCGAGUCCUGACCGAUGGACUGAUCAGAAUCCAGCCUGGCGGAAAAGUUGGCACAAGUCCCUUAUUUUUCCUCCUACUGGCAAAAAUAGGGCAACUGUUGACGAUGACGAUAUCCUGAGGCUUGAUGAAGGUGAAUUUCUAAAUGAUAAUUUGAUAAACUUCUACGUGCGAUAUCUUCAGUUCAAGCUGGAGAGCGAGCGGCCCGAACUGUUGAGCAAGGUGUAUAUUUUUAGCACGUUUUUCUUCGAGAAGCUGAGAUCAAUCAGAGGCAAGGUUAACUAUGAGGGCGUGAGAGCCUGGACAGCAAAGUUCGAUUUGCUUUCGUACGACUACAUUGUGGUCCCCGUCAAUGAAACUGCUCACUGGUAUCUGGCAAUAAUCUGCAACACACCCAAUGCUGUCAAUGGCAUGCCUGAGGAUGAUACAAUUCCCCGAAAAGAGGACACAACACCUCCGGGGAUAGCAUUGGAUGUGCGAGACAAGUCAGAUGUCUCAAUACACAGUGACGAUGCCAGCACGUCAAUCUCCAAAGAGCCGGUUGAUUUGGAGCCUCCCACCUCUUCAAGGACCCUGCAAGAAUCGUCACCAGCCCCGAAAAUUGCAACGUCACAUAAUAAGCUGGCAGCGGCGUCGCAUGUUGAUCCCAGGUUACCAAGAAUAGUCACACUAGACUCUUUGGGGAACCCACAUGCAGCCACUUGUCGAGUCUUGAAAGAAUACCUCAUAGCAGAGGCAAAGGACAAGAAAGGCAUUGAUUUGGCCAUGGUUCCCACCGGAAUGACUGCUAAAAAGAUUCCAGAACAGGAUAACUUUUGCGACUGUGGUGUCUUUAUCCUUGGUUACAUGGAAGAGUUUUUGAAAGACCCUGCCGAGACUGUCCGCAAACUGUUCCAGAAAGAGCCAGUAAAGUGGGAUAUUCGGCCGUCUCUUUUGCGUGAUCAAGUGCGCGAUCUCCUGUUCAAGCUACAAAAGGAGCAACAAGAGCGACUAGAAAGGGAAAAGGCCAAAAUAAGACUGGUGUCCGCCAAGAAGAAGAAAAAACUGACUGCCGCCCGAGCGGCAAAUCAACUGGCUUCUUCUCCAACUACUGUAAGGGAAAAAUUACUACGGAAGCAGUCAGAUGCCAACGCCAUCCCGGCACAUGUGUCAAGAACACUAGUGGGAGAUGGUUCACGUAAAGCUGAACCUGAUACAACUAGGUCGCCGCUGACAAAGCAGCUUCCUGGUGAUGACAAUGAGGUGAAGCUAAUCAAAUCUCCCAACGGCAACCCUAGCACUAGCAAUACCGGCCCAGACGAUGUGUUCUACUCGGCGCCAUCAUCGCCAAGUCGAAGACCAGCAGCUCACAAUGCCGACAAGACCAAACCGAAAGAACUGGCUACGAAACCUACAGGCUCGUCUCAGCAAACGCUUGACGAUUACCUGACGCACAGACUUCCCGGCUCCUCAUCUGAAGUCGAACCUCAAGUCGCAAUGACCACGCCAAAGAGACAGAAUCUAGCAUCUGUUGAAACAGUCGAUUCUGAAGACGUUGUUCUUAUUUCACCUCAGGUGGUCACUAGACAAGAAUCUAAGCAACUUGAGUCGUCACCGACAUUGGUCCAGCCGUUGCGAUCAAGCCAAAGCUCGUCGCCUAAGAGAUCGAGGGCCCGAUAUGACGGUGUUGAGAGGGCGGUGGAUCUUACGUGA